ACUAAUGGUGUUUCCCUCAGAAAUUUAUUGUCAAAAAACAGUCAGUUAUAGAAUGGUUCAGCAUUUUUUUUUAGCUUUCUCGGACACACGAUAUCCAUCCGAAUUUGGUGAUAAAGCAUCCGAUUUAAUUUCAGAUGAUGCAAUAAUGAGAAAAUAGAAAUGUAGAUUUUAUGAAAAUGUUUGUAAGUUAUUUAAUAAAACAAUAUUCCGUAGCCAUGUCAGUGUCUGCUUUUGGGAAACUAAAAGUUAUUCAGAAUACUCUGCCCCAGGGAAACUUUGGAAGAUUGCUUCUUAAACAUAUACAGAAGCAACACUUAACGCAUCUGAGGUGUACUUCAAACAGAUCAGAAAAUGGACAGCAUGAAGGUGAGCUGAAGAGGAGACAGAAAGAAGAAAAGAAACUGAAGGAAAAGGCUGAUAAGUUAGCUGCCCUGAAAGCGCUGGAGACACAAGGAGAAGGAAAGAAGAAAGAGGCCAAGCAAAGUGAUGAGGAUAUUGAUCCAAAUGAAUACUUCAAACUGAGAUCAAGAGCAGUAGCCAAGCUGAAGUCUGACAAUGACAAUCCAUACCCACACAAGUUCCAGGUGGGAAUAUCUAUUGUGGAGUUCAUGGAGAAAUAUAGAAGUUGUGCAGAUGGAACUAUACUUGAAGACACUACAGUUAGUGUUUCAGGGCGAAUUCAUUCUAGAAGAGAAAGUGGACACAAGUUGAUCUUUUAUGACUUACGAGCAGAGGCUGUUAAAAUACAGAUCAUGGCCAAUGCAAAAUUUUACGCAUCUGAUGAUGAGUUCCAAGCAAUGACAGAGAAAGUGAAGAGAGGAGACAUUGUCGGAGUUGAGGGCCACCCAGGAAAGACAAAAAAAGGGGAGCUAAGCAUUGUACCAAAGAGAGUGGUCCUGCUCUCACCGUGUUUACAUCAGCUGCCAUCAUUACAUUUUGGUGUCAAAGAUAAGGAAACUCGGUUUAGACAACGGUACUUAGAUUUGAUCAUAAAUGAAGCAACCAGGAACAAGUUUAUAGUGCGGGCAAAGAUUAUUAACUACUUGAGAAGAUUUAUGGAUCAACUUGGAUUUUUGGAGGUUGAGACACCGAUGAUGAACAUGAUCCCAGGUGGGGCGACAGCCAAACCCUUCAUCACCCACCAUAACGACCUCAACAUGGAUCUCUACAUGAGAGUUGCCCCUGAACUCUACCUCAAGAUGUUGGUAGUUGGAGGUUUGGAUCGUGUGUAUGAGAUAGGGCGACAGUUCCGUAACGAGGGUAUAGACCUUACCCAUAAUCCUGAGUUUACGACCAUGGAGUUCUACAUGGCAUAUGCUGAUUACAAUGAUCUUAUGUCCAUCACAGAAACUAUGCUUUCAGGAAUGGUGAAGGAGUUAACUGGGGGGCAUAUGGUCAAGUACCACCCUGAAGGUCCCGAUGGACCAGAGUGGGAAAUCGACUUUACUCCGCCCUUCAAGCGGGUCAACAUGAUUGGCGAGCUUGAGAAAAAACUGGGCGUCAAGUUUCCUGAUCCUCAGAAACUUCAGUCUGAUGAGGUGCGCAAGUUCCUGGAUGACCUUUGUAUAAAACACAACGUGGAUUGCUCUUCCCCGAGAACUUCCGCUAGGUUGUUAGAUAAACUUGUAGGAGAUUUUAUAGAAGAGUUCUGUAUUAGUCCAACAUUCAUCUUGGACCAUCCACAAGUCAUGAGUCCUCUAGCUAAAUGGCACAGAUCAAAGCCUGGUCUGACAGAGCGUUUUGAGAUGUUUGUGUGUAAGAAGGAGAUCUGUAACGCGUACACAGAGUUGAACGACCCAGUUGUACAACGAGAACGCUUCCAGCAACAAGCUAAGGACAAGGCAGCGGGAGACGAUGAAGCAAUGUUUGUGGAUGAUAACUUCUGUACAUCCCUAGAGUAUGGUCUCCCACCCACUGCCGGCUGGGGUUUGGGGCUUGACAGGCUGACCAUGUUCCUUACUGACUCAAACAACAUCAAGGAGGUGCUGCUAUUCCCGGCCAUGAAGCCCGAGGACAACAAGCCGGACAUUUCAGAUACACCGGCCCCUAUCACUUCAUAACACACACUCUCAUUAUCUCUCAAUAUUAUAUAAUAAUAGUAUUACUCUUUAUGGACUUAACUAUCAAGGUGUUUAAAUCAUGUUCACUAAGUAUUCUCACUACAUAAUACUGAAGAAAGACAUGAUUCUUUUGAAGAGAAAUAAAUAUAUAAGUAUUGUAGACACUAACAAUUUGUUCCCAGUUAUAUUGUUAAUACUUGAUUCAAGCAGUUUGUCUUGUUUAUAGAUAUUAAUUACUGAAAUGUGAAAAUGUUGAUACCUGUAUCUGAGAAGACUUGAUUUAUUUGCAAAGAAUGAUCAUAAAAACGUAGAUGUGUGAUCUGCUUACUUGGCAUCAUUUCAAUAAAAAAUGUGCCAUUAGGACAAAUGUCAAGUGUUUCUUAGGGAGAAUAUUAAGAGCUGCUUGUAUUAAAGUGCUUAUUCAGAACAAACGUGGAAUUUGUACAUGUUAUCAUGUUAUAAUUAAAUGGCAGGCUUACAUAUCAAUGUCUACAGUGAAACAAACUAUUUUAGUUCAUCCAAGCCAUAAAUAUUAUUCAUUCAUAGUACUAUAAAUAAUAUUAUACAUAGUGCCACAAGUCUAACUGGUCAUUCCAGAUAUAUAUCUAACUUGCUUCUUUCAUGAACAAUAUUUAGAAGAAUAUGUUAUCUUUAGGAUUGUCAUUUCAACAGUUUGUUUGUUUAUAAGAAUUUUUCAUUGCUUUACUGAUGGUAAAUGUAUGAUUUGGUGAUUAUUUAUUAAAUUUUAAUUCUCUGUGCAAGACCCUAUUGAAUAAAGAAUGCUCUUUGAACAAA